AUGAAGUGGCUGAUUGUGUUGCUGGCUUGUGCUACUCUCUCCGAGGGGCUCAACAGAGUCCCUCUGAUGAGAUUCAAGUCUGUUCGGGACCAGCUGAGGGAGAAGGGGAUCCACCUGCCCUACACCGACCCUGGUCUGAAAUACCUGCCCCCCAACUCCUUCGCCACAUCUGGUUCCGAGUACAUCAACAACUACGCCGACACCACCUACUACGGGGCCAUCAGCAUCGGGUCCCCUCCUCAGUCCUUCCAGGUGCUCUUCGACACCGGUUCCUCAAACCUGUGGGUGGACUCUACGUACUGCAGCGACCAAGCCUGUACCUAUCACACGCAGUACAACCCCCAGAGAUCAUCCACCUUCUCCAGCACUGGCCGGUCCAUCUAUUUGGGUUACGGUGCAGGCAGCCUGUAUGCCAACCUUGGCUACGACACGGUGGAGGUCGCUGGCAUCACCGUCACCGAGCAGAUUUUUGGCCUGAGCACCAGGGAGCCCAGCCAGCCUUUCCUCUACGCGAAGUUCGAUGGGAUUCUGGGUCUGGCGUACCCGGCCAUCGCCAGCGGGGGAGCCAUGCCCGUGAUGGACACCAUGAUGCGGGAGAACCUGCUUCAGGCCAACAUCAUCGCCUUCUACCUGUCCAGGGAUGCACAGCAGGGCAGUGAGCUGUCUUUUGGAGGUGUUGACCAGAGCAAGUACCGAGGGCAGAUCAACUGGACCCCAGUCACUGCAGAGACUUACUGGCAAAUUGGUAUUGACGGGUUCCAGGUUAAUAACCAGGAGACGGGCUGGUGCAGUCGUGGCUGCCAGGCCAUUGUGGACACCGGCACCUCCAUGCUCACCUGCCCAGGGCAGUACCUGGGCUACCUGAUGCGGAGCAUCGGGGCUCAGCAGGGCCAGUAUGGAGAGUAUUCGGUCGACUGCAGCCAAGUGCAAAACCUCCCCACGCUGUCGUUCACCAUGAGCGGCGUGAACUUCCAACUGCCGCCCUCGGCCUACAUCUCGGAGAAAUACCAGGGCGGAUACCAGUACUGCACAGUGGCCAUUUCACCCACCUACCUGUCCUCUCAGAAUGGACAGCCCCUGUGGAUUCUGGGAGAUGUAUUCCUGCGGGAGUACUACUCCGUCUACGACCGGUCCAACAACCGCGUGGGAUUCGCCGCUGCCGUCUAA